UUUCCGUCUUCUGUUUUUCACCGUGCAUUUGUCAUCACGGAGAUGGGGAAGAAAUGGAUUUCUGCAGUCAAAAAAAUCUUCAGUUCUGAAUCUACGGAGAACCAUACCUUCGAGAAACCAGAUAAGAAAUUGCGCAAAUCAAAGCAUUCAAAGAACUUUGUAGAUCCUCUUGAAGAUUCAAAGAAUGGACAAAGCCAACGCGCUUAUUCAGUGGCAAUGGCCACCGCCGCGGCGGCCGAGGCGGCCAUGGCGGCAGCUCGGGCGGCGGCGGAGAUGGCCAGAUUAACCACAUCAUUAAGAGCCUUCCAUGAAAGACCAAGAAAGGAGGUUGCAGCAAUCAAGAUUCAGGCUGCCUUUAGAGGCUAUUUGGUGAGAAGAGGAACAGGAGCUUUGAGAGGAUUGGUGAGGUUGAAGCUAAUGGCCAACCGAAGGGCAGUCAAGCGCCAGACUAUAAACACAUUGCACAACAUGCAAACCCUAGCAAGGGUUCAAGCACAGCUAAGGGAAAGAAAAGUCAGAUUGUCAGAAGAGAACCAGACUCUACACAAGCAGAGGCAACUCAAGCGUGAGAAAGAACUGGAGAAAUUUAAGCUGGGAGAGGAUUGGGUUGACAGUCCGCACUCAAAGGAACAAUUUCAAGCUAAAAUACAGAAGAAGCAAGAGGCUGCUCGAAGAAGAGAAAGAACACUAGCUUAUGCCUACUCACAUCAGUCAGUAUUGUAA